UGAAAAUGAAUUUUACCCAUUUUUAUUUCUUCAUAAAGAGCUCCCAUUUAAUUUCUAUUUUCAUCACUUUCAAGAAGAAGCCAAACUCUUCUUCAUUCGAUCGUCUCUAGCUGCUGAAUCUCACCGCUCUCACCUCAAGAAUGGCCGUCCAAUUCCCUAAAAUAAGGCCAACAGCAGAAGCCGAUUUUCACGUGAUGGGCCGCUCGUUGCCAUGGCAGACGCAGACCAAGAUCAGCCUCGGUGUUCCUAACAAUGCACUGAAUCUCAAUUGUAGCAGCAGCAAGAAAGCUGCUGCCAUCAAUUCAAAUUGUGUGUUUCCUGCAGAUAACUCUCCCUGCAUCACUCGCCAUCUCGCUGAGAUUCUCCGCGACCUCAAUAAGAGGAUUCCGGAUCCUGUUUUCAAGAUCAACGAUGAUCGCUCCGCAUUUAUCCCGUGGUACCAGGCGAACCGGAUGCUGAGCUUUUACGCCCCAGGUUGGUGUGGAGAAGUUCGUGAUGUUAUCUUCUCAGAGAAUGGAAGCGUGGCUGUCGUUUAUAGGGUGACUGUACGGGGUGUGGAUGGCGAGGUGCAUCGGGAGUCAAGUGCAACAGUGUCGUCUGGCAAUGGCGAUAUUGGCGAUCCGGUUGCAGCAGCAGAGGAGAUAGCAUUUUGCAGAGCAUGCUCUAGAUUUGGUCUUGGCUUGUACCUUUACCACCAAGAUUAAUGAGCUUAUUAUCUUCCUUUUGGUUUAAUAUAUGUAACGCUUGUAUUUUCAUUUCAUUGCAAUUUCAUCUUUGCUUUAGUUGUAGCAA